GUCAGGUGCUCUGCGCCGAGGCUGCGUGCAGGUGAGCGGCUGCAAGUUCAAGGGGCAAUUCUCGCUUCCGCCACCUCCCCGCUAUUGCCCCCGGGUCUGCGUGAGCCCCCCCCAGCCCCCGACUCACCAUCCUCUUGUCCCAAUCCCAUGCGGGCCGUCCGGAUCACUGCAAGGAUUAUCUUACACUGAGCUGAUCAAAUACUUUGAAAAUGACUUCCAAACUCCUCUGGGUGUCCUUCAUACUUGCUGCGUUAAUACUGUCCGUUACAUUUUCUCUCCAACCAGACCAGCAAAAGGUUCUACUGGUUUCAUUUGAUGGAUUCCGUUGGGAUUACUUGUAUAGAGUUCCAACACCCCAUUUUCAUUAUGUUAUGAAGUAUGGUGUUCAUGUGAAGCAAGUUACUAAUAUUUUUAUUACAAAGACCUACCCUAACCAUUAUACUUUGGUCACUGGCCUCUUUGCAGAGAAUCAUGGGAUUGUUGCAAAUGACAUGUUUGAUCCUAUUCUGAAUAAGUCUUUCUCCUUGGAUAACAUGACUAUUUAUGAUUCUGAGUUUUGGGAAGAAGCAACGCCAAUAUGGAUCACAAAUCAGAGGGCGGGACAUUCUAGUGGUGCAGCCAUGUGGCCUGGAACCGACGUAAAAAUACAUAAUAGCUUUCCUACUCAUUAUAUGCCUUACAAUGAGUCUGUGUCAUUUGAAGAUAGAGUUGCCAAAAUUAUCGAGUGGUUUACGUCAAAAGAGCCCAUAAAUCUCGGUCUUCUUUAUUGGGAAGACCCCGAUGAUAUGGGCCACCAUUUGGGACCCGAGAGUCCGCUCAUGGGGCCUGUCAUUUCGGAUAUCGACAACAAGUUGGGAUAUCUCAUACAAAUGCUGAAAAAGGCCAAGUUGUGGAACGUUCUGAACCUAAUCAUCACAAGUGAUCAUGGAAUGACCCAGUGUUCUGAGGAAAGGAUCAUAGAACUUGAUGAGUAUCUGGAUAAAGACCACUAUGUCCUGAUUGACCAAUCUCCAGUAGCGGCCAUCUUGCCAAAAGAAGGUAAAUUUGAUGAAGUCUAUGAAGCCCUAGCUCAUGCCCAUCCUAAUCUUACUGUUUACAAAAGAGAAGAGCUUCCAGAAAGAUGGCAUUACAAGUACAACCGUCGAAUUCAACCCAUCAUAGCCGUGGCUGACGACGGGUGGUAUAUUCUGCAGAAUAAGUCAGAUAACUUUCUGUUAGGCAACCAUGGUUACGAUAAUGCAUUAGCAGACAUGCAUCCAGUAUUUUUAGCCCAUGGUCCUGCCUUCAGAAAGAAUUUCACGCAGGAAGCCAUGAACUCCACAGACCUGUACCCGCUGCUCUGCCAUCUGCUUAACAUCACAGGCAUGCCUCACAACGGAUCCUUCAGGAACGUCCAGGAUCUGCUCCGUUCAACAAGCCCAGGAGCGCUUCCUCCCACGCCGGGUCCCCCACUCCUCCACGGUAGCGUCAAGCCUGGAGACGUUGAGAGCGAGGAGUCCUAUGCUUAUUUCUUAGGGGUGUCUCUUGGCAGCAUUUUGGUGAUUGUAUUCUUUGUGAUUUUCGUUAAACAUUUAAUUCGCAGUCAGAUACCUGCCUUACCAGAUGUGCAGGCUGAAAUCGCUCAGCCAUUAUUACAAGCCUAAGGCUACUUCGAAGUGGAGAUGGUGUACUUACUUCAGUGUUUAAGGGUUUCAGAUUCUAGGAAACCAGUUUCAGACAUUUGCACAAAUCAUUAGGCAGUUAUGUACAUAGAUAGGCUCAGACACGUACCCACAAAGGAUUAAAGUAGGAGACAUAUGAUUCUGUUAUUCUCUCUGGCUUAGGGUAGAUAAAAUCCUGCUGUAUUUGGACAUGGCACCUAUAAUGUAUAUAUUUAAUGGCUUUGCACUGUUUAAAGUACCUUAUGUAUUACACUUUAAAUUACUCUCCUCAUGGGUACUUUUAUAUGAAAUAUAAUUAUGUCUUGUAAUUUGGUUGAAAUACACAAAUUGUUUUCUGCCCACAUUACAGACUACUUGUUAUUUGGUGGUCACACAGAAUGAAAUGUCUUAUAAUUCCUGAAAAAUGCCAGAAUCUGUCUCCUUAAACUCAGGAGUGCAAAAAAAAAAAGUCAAAACUAUUGAAAAUUAAACAUGAUAACCUUUGUACAUCGAAUUUUGGAGAGAUGCAUUCCCAACAGCGGGGUGCAUCUAUGGGCAUUCCUUCUCAUAUUUCUUUCUAAAAGACAUGGGUUUUCAUUUUAUUUUCUUUAAAAAAAAAUAAAAGGUUCAAGUACUGACAGACUCUUUCUAAACAUCCCAUUUCUAUCAUGAAAUUCAUGAUGGCUAUUUUCUGAGGAGUCCUUUUGCUCUGAUUCUAUAAUAACAAAGACACCAUGAUACCCAUGUCCUUCCUGUGUAGUCUGGCCCUGGCCUGCUGUGAACAGAAGCCAUCGGUGAUCAUCCCAGCAAUAAGCUUUUCUCCUUGUUCUGUACUUACUUGCUUCUUUGAAAGCUAAAUCACUAUGAAUCACAUUAAAAAAUCACAUAAGAUA